AUGCCCACCUGGAAGCUCGGUCGAGACGUGUUCUUUGGAAAGCUGUCGGUGCAGCUUAUGGGAGCCACGCUUGUGGACAGAGGGCAACAGCGGAUUCUGUUUGGUCGAGAAGCGGGAUCGGGCGUCGUCGACGGAUCCGCACGCAUGCUCAAGACCACCUCCUUUUUUCUCAAGUACGGCAAGGAUGGAGACCUCCGGACAACUCACCAUCGCGCCUAG